GCGCCACGUUACGCACCCAAGAGUUCUAGCGUCUUCUCUCCUCGCAUCGGCCGAUCUCCCCCUCUCCUCCCCUCCCCUCCCAACUCGUCGCGCCGCAGCCACCAAGCCGGAUCCCGAUGGCCGCCACCGCCUCCGCCUCCGGCGCCGGCAAGUCGCUGUUCCAGACCUUCCGCAAGUUCUUCAAGAAGCCGUGGGAGAUCACCGGCCCGUGCGCCUCGCCGGAGUACCGCAGCGCGCUCCCGGGCGCCCUCGAGUACCGCCGCCGCUGCCCGGCCACACUGACGGAGGAAACGAGGGCCGUCGUGCCCACCUCCGACCCGGAGACAGUCUACGACAUCAAGUACUACACCCGCGACCGCCGCCGCGACCGUCCGCCCGUCCGCCGCACCCUCCUCCGCAAGCCCGACCUCGAGCGCUACAUGGCCGCCAAGCAGUUCGACCCCACCAAGGACUUCCCCGCCCCUUACGUGAAAACCGCCGUGGAGGAGGACUACGACGCCGUCGGCGGCGGCUACCAGAAGUGAUCGAGGUAUCUACCUGUCUUGUGCUUGCACUUCCUCAGAAGUUGCACUAUCUUCAUUUGUUCCCUUCAAAUCCAUUUUGUGUUUCAGAGAAAAAAAAUCUGAUUGUAAAAGAUGAUGGCGGCAAUAAUAUGACACCUCUGGACUUUGCUGAUUGCAUAUUUCUUGUAAGUUAUAUUCGAAAAUUCGGAACUACCUGAUAUGAUAUGCUUUAAUGAAAGAGGAGAGGAUUCCUUCUG